AUGACUGUAUUUGAAAUUGUUAAUUUCUUUUCCUUCUUGUUCUUCCUCUUCUUGUUCUUCUUCUUCUAUUUUUAUUCUUUCUCUUUCUUUUUAGUAUUAGAACGUUCACUUUUUCUUUUUGUUACCACUCUCGCUUAUUUCUAUUCCUUUCAGUUUUUUUUCUCCUGUCGCUUACUCUCCGCCCCCCUUUUGAUUUUUACGCUUUUUCUUUCUUCUAUGUUUAUAUCGUUCACACUUUUUAUUUUUUCUCCCUCUCUUAUUAAUCUUCCUUGCAGUUUCACUCUUUCUUUAUGCUAUUAUAUAGUUCAUUCUUUUCUCUUAUUUUUACACCCUCUCUUUUCUUUUUCAUUUCAAUUUCUCUUUCUCUUUCUUUCUACUACAUCUGUUAAUUAUCUAUCACAAUUGGUUCCUAUCUAUCUAUCUAUCUAUCUAUCUAUCUAUCUCAGUCUGUUAAUUAUCUAUCACAAUUGGUUCCUAUCUAUCUAUCUAUCUAUCUAUCUAUCUAAUACAGUUGAAUCCUAUCUAUCUAUUUAUCCAUCACAGUCGGUUCUUAUCUAUCUAUGUAUCUAUCUAUCACAGUUGGUUCCUAUCUAUCUAUCUAUCUAUCUAUCUAUCUAUCUAUCUAUCUAUCUAAUAAGAUGA